AUGGCCCCGGCACCAUGGGAUUCGGUCCCUCCUGAGGACACCCUCUUCGCUUUGGUCACUGGCGCCAACAGGCAACGCCUAAUCGAUGAAUACCUCACGACGCGCUCCCUGACCUCCCACCUCGUCGUCAUCCCCACCACCCGCAGCGUCAAGAAGUCGCAAGAGACCAUCCAUGCUCUCCGCCAACAUGCCCGCGAAUUCGCAACCACCUCCGACAUCCUCCGCUCCCGCGCCGGCGGUCCCAGCUACGAUCCCCGAUCCGUCACCAAGCGCAUCCACAUCCUCAGCGUCCAGCUCGACCUGUGCAACCUCGCCGAUGUCCACCGCGCCGCCGAACAACUCGUCAACGGCACCGUGAGCAGCCCCGUCAAUGGCAACGAUGCCUUAUACUUCACCUCCCUCACCGACGUGAGGAUACCCCGUCUCGACUCAGUCAUCUUCAACGCCGGCAUGGGCGGCUGGACCGGUCUCGACUGGCCCAAGGUCUUCCACAACGUCUUGACCAAGGGUCUCGUCCAAGCCACUACCUGGCCGACCUUCAAGGCCGCCACGGCCGGCCACGUCGUCAACCCCCUGCCCGACGUCAAGAAUGAAAAGGUCCCCGAGAUGGGCCAAGUCUUUUGCGCCAACGUCUUCGGCCACUACCUCUUCGCGCACAAGCUCGUGCCCCUGCUCAGCCGAUCUGACGAUACUAGUCUCCCUCCGGGCCGCAUAAUCUGGGAAUCCUCCAUCGAGCCCGGGUGGAAGAACCUCGACCUCUCCGACUUCCAAGCCAUCAAGACCAACGCCGCCUACGAGAGCACCAAGCGCCUGACCGACGUGCUUUCCCUGACCGCCACCUUACCCUCCGCCAGACCGUUUGUCAACUCGUACCUCCAGCCGGCUACCAAGUCAACGUCCCAGACUACCCCGCCCAGUAUUUACCUUGUCCACCCGGGCAUCGUGCAAACGACGCUUUUCCCCUUAAACGCCUUCAUGUUCUUCUGGUACCGCGUGGUUCUGUACAUUGCGCGCUGGCUCGGCUCCCCUUGGCAUCCCAUAACUGGAUAUAACGGCGCCGUGGCGCCUGUGUGGCUUGCUUUGCAGGAGCAGGAGGCUUUGGAUGCGGUGAAGGCUGAGCAUGUGAAGUGGGGGUCAAGCACGGAUUGGUGGGGGGAGUCCAGAGUGAAGAAGACGGAGGUUGAGGGUUGGGGGUGGGAUGGAACGGUUGAGACGAGAACUGAGUUGAAGAAUGAGAAGGGGGAGAGAGGUGCGGGAAGGAAGAUUGUGGGGAGGAAGAGCGGGGCGACGGAUUUGACGGAGGAGAAGAGGGUUGAGUUUGAGCAGUUGGGGGUGGACUGUUGGAAGGAGAUGGAGAGGUUGAGGGGGGAGUGGGAGGGGAGGUUGGACAGUGUUCUUGGGAGGAAGUGA